AUGAAGCUAUAUGCAUCAAAGGCCGUCAUGGCAGUGGCCUUCCUCCUCAGCGCGAGCAUUUUAUGCGUUGAAGCAAACCUGGAUGAGAGUCUUAAAGGAUGCUACAAAGGUCCUGGUUCGUUGAAGGAUAUGGGACCCACAAAGUAUCAGAGUACGGGAGCCUGUCGAGAACUUUGCAAGAAGACACAGAAUGCUGUGUUUGCGCUUCACGACACCGACAGCUGCUCUUGUGGUGAUAAAUACCCUCCUGAGAUUCUAAAGGCUGCAUCAACAGAUAAAACAUGUAUCUUGGUCAGCUGUCCUGGCUUUGGUGAUGAUCGAUGUGGAGGAAAGAAAAGCUAUGCGGUCUACCUGACUGGUCUAGUGGACGACCCGGCAACUGAGGGCGGCGCAGACGAUGGUGAUGCAACGAAGACAUCCUCGCCCCCCCAGGCAACAAUAACUGAAGGAGGGCACACGGUAGUCGUUACAUCCAAGCCGUCCGGCUCAGGACCGAACAAGGCUGGAAUCGCUGCCGGGGUAGUCGUUGGUGUCGUCGCCAUCGGUGCUAUUAUCGGCGGUAUCUUUUUCUUCUUGAAAUACAGGAAGCGACAGCGGGUUGUUGACGAAUACCGCCGCAAUGCAACCAUCAACAACUUCGUUGGCGGUGGAAAGCCAUCCUAUAGCCAGAGCUCUGCGGAUUCACGGCUCGACCCGAGCAUGACAUCUCAACGGCGCCAGAGCAACGGCAGCAUUGCCGACGACCAAGAUUUCUCGCGGCGUGUUUUGAAGGUCACCAACCCUGAUGGACAUUAUUAA